CAGAUUUGUUCUUGACCUUCCAUAAAAAUGUCCAAGCAACAGCCUGCUCAGUUUACCAAUCCAGAAACCCCUGGCUAUGUUGGCUUUGCAAACCUUCCCAAUCAGGUUCACCGGAAGUCUGUGAAAAAGGGGUUUGAAUUUACUCUUAUGGUGGUUGGUGAAUCUGGAUUGGGAAAAUCUACAUUAAUAAACAGCCUCUUCUUGACAGAUCUCUACCCAGAAAGGAUAAUCCCAGGAGCUGCUGAGAAGAUUGAACGCACUGUGCAGAUUGAAGCCUCAACAGUUGAAAUUGAAGAGAGGGGUGUGAAACUACGUCUGACGGUUGUAGAUACGCCAGGGUAUGGGGAUGCUAUCAAUUGUCGAGACUGUUUUAAGACCAUAAUCUCUUACAUUGAUGAGCAGUUUGAGCGAUAUCUGCAUGAUGAGAGUGGUUUGAACAGAAGGCAUAUCAUAGAUAACCGGGUUCAUUGCUGCUUCUAUUUCAUUUCACCGUUUGGUCAUGGCCUUAAGCCUCUGGAUGUUGAGUUUAUGAAGGCCAUACACAACAAAGUAAAUAUUGUACCAGUGAUUGCAAAAGCUGAUACGCUUUCUCUGAAAGAGCGAGAAAGACUAAAGAAAAGGAUUCUGGAUGAAAUAGAAGAGCAUGGCAUCAAGAUUUAUCACCUGCCUGAUGCUGAAUCAGAUGAGGAUGAAGAUUUUAAAGAGCAGACCAGACUCCUGAAGGCCAGCAUUCCAUUUUGUGUAGUGGGAUCCAAUCAACUCAUUGAAGCCAAAGGUAAAAAAGUUAGAGGUCGACUCUACCCGUGGGGUGUAGUUGAAGUGGAGAAUCCGGAACAUAAUGACUUCCUGAAGCUGAGGACCAUGUUAAUCACCCACAUGCAAGAUCUUCAGGAGGUGACCCAGGAUCUUCACUAUGAGAACUUCCGCUCUGAGAGGCUCAAACGAGGCGGCAGGAAAAUAGAAGACGAAGAAGUAAAUAAAGACCAGAUUCUGCUUGAAAAAGAAGCUGAACUUCGUCGCAUGCAGGAGAUGAUUGCGAGAAUGCAGGCGCAGAUGCAGAUGCAGAUGCAAAGUGGAGAAGGAGACAGCAGUGCAGUUCACGGACACCAUGUAUAAAGUCCUUGAUUACUUUAUACCCUGACUUAAAGGAGACUUCCUGGAGUUGAAUUACGGUGGUGGUAUACCAGAAAGGAUGCCUUUUGCUCAACAUGUGACUUGGAGUUUGCUUUAGAGUUUAACGUGGAAAUGCAUUGUAGUAACUCUUGUGAUAUGUGUUUCAUAACAUGUAGUCAGUUGGUAUUUUAUAUAUUAUACACAUUUGACUUUGUUUUUUAGUAAUUCUUGUAUUGAGCUUAUUUUCAAUUUCCCAUUGUAUUAGGGAUACAGAAUAGACAAUGAAACUUUUCUAGCCUGAUACGGCGUUAGAUAAUUUUUUUUUUUUUUAAUAUGGCUUAUUAGCUCCCUGCUUUUAACUUCGUAUUACAUUUAGAAAUAAACAGCUGUCAGUGAUAUCUUGUUCAGUGGCAUGUAACAGCCACCUCACUAAGGAUCCCUGCAAGGUUAAUUUUAUAUUUUUUGCAGUGUUUCCAGGUGUGUGUCUGUGAGACCAUCCGCCCUUUUUCUGUCUCUGCUCAGUGCAGAUGAUUUCCUUGGCCUCUGCAAGUAUCAAAUUAAAAUUCAAGCAUGCCUUGUGUCUUAACAAAAGAAAUAAGAGGAAAUGCCUCUUUAAGAUGCACACUGUAUUUUAUAUGACAGGCGUUGUUUCCUUCAGAUUUAACCUUGAGGGACGUAUAUUCUUUAUUGUUUGCCUAAAAUCUCUUACUCUAGUGCAGAUAAUUUUUAAGAGUUUCUUGUAGGUCAGCACAAAUCAGUCCUGCUAUUUUCUGGCAUUACUGUAGCCAAAUAAACUUGAAUAAUGCUGAUAUUGUUAAAUGAGGUAAACCCCAAAGAGUAGUUUUCUAUGCAUGAGUGUUUCCUAUAUCCAAAUGCAUAAGAAGUUCUAUAAUUCCUAAUGAGUAUUUUCAUACUAUUUUUAGGGCAUUGCAAACUGUUAAUUGUAGUAUAAAAUAUAUACUAGCACACUUCUCUCUUUUUAAAGUGAUCUGUGCCUGACAGGAUCAAUGCAAACUGUAUUUUAAGGUCUUGCUCCAGGAUGGGAGUUAGCAGUAUUACUUCGGAAGUGACCCUGAUAGG